AUGUCCGUCAUAGACAAAGUUAUGGGGUAUAAAAAAGCAUCAUCAGCUUAUGGUGUGCCUCAAACUACUCUUGAAAAUAGAGUAAAAAAAAGAGGAACUGGUGAACCAUGUAUUGAAAAUGGAAGAAGUGCUAUAUGGGUUAACUAUCAGAGACAUACGUUAGCAUUUCAACUGGCUGAAACUAAUAAGUUACCAAACAACUUCAAUAAAGUCAACCAAUUAGCAGGAAAAGCUUGGAUAUAUGGUUUCUUUAAAAGACAUCCCAUAUUAUCACUUCGUACGCCUGUAAGAACAUCAGCUAGUCGUGCUCAAGGAUUUAACAAGAUAACUGUUGAUAAAUUUUUUAAUCUAUUAAAUAGUUUGUAUGAAAAAUACCAGUUUUCACCUGAUAAAAUAUUUAACGUUGAUGAAACUGGUAUUACAACUUGUCCAAAGAAAAUGUCAAAAAUUGUUGGUCAAUGUGGUAAAAAACAGAUUGGUGGUAUUACAUCAGGUGAACGUGGUGUAUUAACAACUAUUAUUAUGUGCAUGAACGCAGCUGGAAAUUAUAUGCCACCACAUUUUAUUAUACCUCGACAAAGAUCAGUGCCUGCUAUUUUGGAUGAUGCUCCACCUGGAUCUACCGUUUCUUUUCACCCUUCAGGAUGGAUUCAAACUUAUAUAUUUAAUGACUGGUUUGAUGAGUUUUUAUUAUUUUCAAAUCCAUCAGCAGAUAAACCUGUGCUUUUGUUAUUGGAUGGACAUGCCACUCCAUGUCAAGAAUAUUGA